CCACCGGAACUGAGCCCUUGGAGAUGCCCUUUUCGGGGACUGCGGAAGUGCCAAGCGCAGAGCACCCACUCGGGGAACAGAGCGUCCAGCCGGCGCUCAUGCCGCUGGCGGCCAUGGCGUCGGCUUGCCUGGUCAUCAGCCUGCUCACACUGUUGUGGCGCCUUGCCGCGCCAGCGCACAGGCCACGCCGCAUCGUCUGCCUGACGCGGGCUUGCGUGGCUCUCAAUGACAUGUUGGUGGCCGCGUCCAACGCCAGCGUCGACCCCUGCGACAACUUCUACGAGCACGUGUGCGGUGGCUGGAGAGAGUCCGCCUCCGUGUACGAGAAGCAUCUCAGCCUCUUUGUCGACAAGGUAAUCGACGUUCUGAUGCGAGCCAACAAGAACAACAAAACGAGAAACCCAAGUCAACAGGCCGCCAUGCUGCUGCGAAGCUGUCUAGUCAUCGUCGAGGAUGGCCGAGACGAAAUGAACGCCUUCAGGAGCAGACUUACCAAGUUGGGCAUCGCGUGGCCGUAUGUCGACAGCAAGAACGAAGAGCUGACCGUAGCAGCAGCCAGGGUUUUCCAGGCGUUUCGGAUCUCACCACUGCUUAGCAUCCGCAAGAGCCGAACCAAGGCGGGCGAAGUGUUUCUACGCAUCGAGCCUGGCGACGCACUGCCAAACUGGGUCAAGAUGCGAGCACUGCUAGUGAAAAAAGGCAACUACCGGAGCUAUUACGAACGCGUGGCAGAUCUCUACAAUAGCAACGUGACACCUGCAAUAAGUUUCCAGGAGUUCAAUCAGAUUGAAAGCAUAUUGAUUUCGGUAUUGAUGUCCGCUGACCACGGCGAUGCCGAAAUGGUUGAACUCGACUCUAUGGAACAGCUCAGCCGCUACCUAGAACAUAACAGCUUCAUGCAGCUUCGAGCAUUCUUGAAAUACGGCCUCGAUCUGCCGUCAUCGACGAGGGUGCAAUUGCGCGCCGUGGAAUACAUAAAACGCCUUCAAGACUUAUCGAAGCAUCUGGGAAAACAGCGGUUGGAGUUCUACCUCGGCUGGUGUGUGCUGCAGGCCAUGUGGCGAUUUAUCAGCAAAUCGUACUCACAAUUUUGGUAUCGGAACGUAGGCUCCGCUCUGGACACCGUUGUCGAACGGCCCAUCCAUGCUGACUGUAUGGAGUUGACCGAGAUGCUCCUGGGAUGGACCGCGUACGCAGAGUUCUCGGGGACUCAAGAGGACGCUGAGGCACGGAACGACGUGAACGAGAUAGCGCGGACCAUCGCCGACGUCUUCGUCAAGCAGGUCAAGCGCGGUCGCUGGUCUUUUAUCUCCGAUCGCGUAGCUCUCGACCAGCGCGACUUCCACGACGUCCUCUUCCACAGCGAGCGGUUCAGCAAGCAAGACUUUAGCGACGUGUUCGACACAGUCGCCAUGAACGUUUCGCUGCUGCAUAACUGGAUGGCCGUUGCCCGGGCCAACGCACGCAUCCCCGAGGAAGAAUGGCGGGAGGUGUCCUCUAGCUACAUGAGACAACUACGUGAGUCCAACGGCUACACUUUCUUCGACUCGAAGAGGUUGGCUGUUCGCAUCCCUCCACUCUUCCCGAUGCUGCCGCUAUACGACCGGGACUUGACAGUAGCGGCUAAGUACGGUACUAUCGGAACACUACUCGGUGCCGCCGCUGUACAGCUCUUCGAGAGCCGCCUGCACCACAACUCGGUGGCGCUCGCCAAGUUUGAAGAGAAACUCGCCUGUUUCGCUUCGCCGGGGGUCCCAUCACGGGACAACCAGCACGCGUACCUGGCCGCAGCGGUCGACCUUGUCUGGAAUGCAUUCGCGUCGGCAGAUACCAAUGGAUCAAAGGCGGCCGGCGACCUUGGCAAGUACAGCAGCGACGCAACGUUCUUCGUGGUGAUGUGUCACCUCUUGUGCAAAGCGCGCACGUCGCUCCUGAUCGAGUUCCGCUGCAACCAGAUCGUGAAGAACAGCCGCGUUUUCGCACGGGUUUUCAACUGCGAAGUCGGCCGGCCCAUGAACCCCAAGAAAAAGUGCGAUUUCUUCUCGUACACCUGA